AUGGCCCUGCUGAUGCAAUGCUGGGUGUGUGUGAUUGCUCUGUCACUGACGAUGACCACCAGCCAUGCCUUACGAAGGUAACCUUUUUCUUUGUGUAUGUCUCACUGUAUGAAGUCUACUCUGCAAUAUGUUAUUGUCCUCAGUGUUAUGGUCCUUCUGUGUAAUGUUACCUACAAUAGACACAAAGGAGGUUGAAUGGAUACUUGGGUGUAUUUUAUCCCUUUAAACCAGGCUCUUUUGCUUAACUAAAUCAAUAGAGAAUGUGUAUUUUUGGCAGAGCUGUAGAAACAACAAUGUCAUACAGACACGAGGACACAUGGUCCCAUAUCACCAGUGGUCCAUGAUUGCAGGCUGGACUGUAUAACCCCACCCCCAUCCCACCCCUGGUCACUCCCUAUCUAUAAUUAUAUUGGAUGGUCUUUCCUUACCGUUGUCCGCUCUGAUCAGGAUUAGUCUGAAGAAGAUGCCCUCCAUAAGAGAGACUCUGCAUGAGAUGGGUGUGUCCCCAGCCCAGUUCUUCGCUGAAUUGGCCCUGAAAAGCAAAGAUUACCCUUCCCCCAGCAACGGGACCGCUCCCACCCCUCUCACCAACUACCUGGAUGUGAGAGACCACCUGCACACACUGCACUGACCACACAUAGAUGCAAUUGACAUUGGAAUAGUACAUAAAUGAGAGAACACAAAGCCUGUGCCAAACUCAGUGGUGUAAAUGAUUCAUUGCUUCCUCUUCUCGCUUUUUCUCAGGCCCAGUAUUAUGGGGAGAUCAGUAUUGGUUCUCCUGCCCAGAUGUUCAAUGUGGUAUUUGACACCGGUUCAGCCAACCUGUGGGUCCCUUCUUCUAACUGUUCCCCACUCUACACUGCCUGCUGUAAGUAUACACACACACACACACACACACACACACACACACACACACACACACAUGAAACCUGUGAUUGCUUCACCAGAGAUGAUGAUGUUCCCGGACGAUUAUGACUCUGUGACCUUUGAACUCUCAGUUACCCACAACAGAUAUGACGCCUCCAAAUCACGAACACACAUAGAGAACGGGACAGGUUUCUCCAUCCAGUAUGCCUCUGGAAACGUCCGGGGAUUCCUGAGUGAGGAUGUGGUUGUGGUGAGUGUAAAGCAACACCUCUACAGGGAAACAACCUUCCUUCCCUUUCUCCUAAUCUGUUUCCUAUUACUUCUCUUCAUUGUGCUUUUUUGUGAAAGAAUUUAGGAAUAAUAGUCGACAUUGCCCAUAAGUACUGAUCUACAGUAGGAUCAUCUUACCGGGGGAAAACUUUUAUCUAGGUAUUAUGGAUCAACAUCUUACUCUGUGCUUCCUCUAGGUGGGUGGCAUCCCAGUGGUCCAGGUGUUUGCUGAGGUCACAGCCCUGCCUGCCAUCCCCUUCAUUUUUGCCAAGUUUGAUGGGGUCCUUGGGAUGGGCUACCCCAACGUGGCCAUCGACGGCAUCACCCCCGUGUUCGACCGCAUCAUGUCCCAGCACAUCCUCAAGGAGGAUGUCUUCUCUGUCUAUUACAGCAAGUAGGAGAUAUCACUAUCACUGUUCAUGUACAGAUUAUUCCUCCACAAACACAAAUAAAAAAUUUUACAAUCUGUGAAUUAGUCAAAAAUAUGUUUUUCUUCUCUCAGAGACCCAAUGCACAAACCAGGUGGAGAGCUAGUGCUGGGAGGGACAGACCCAGGUUACUACACUGGUACCUUCAACUACAUGGGCACCAGUCAAGCAGGAAAAUGGGAGGUCAACAUGAAAGGGUGAGAUGGGAAAGUUGUAUAUGUCUGCGUGCAUGUUAUCUGUAUCUCUCUGUUUGUCUGUCGGUCAGUGCAGGUACACUUGCAUAUACAGUGAGGGAAAAUAGUAUUUGAUCCCCUGCUGAAUUUGUACGGUUGCCCACUGACAAAGAAAUGAUCAGUCUAUAAUUUUAAUGGUAGGUUUAUUUGAACAGUGAGAGACGGAAUAACAACCCAAAAAUCCAGAAAAACGCAUGUAAAAAAUGUUAUAAAUUGAUUUGCAUUUUAAUGAGGGAAAUAAGUAUUUGACCCCCUCUCAAUUAGAAAGAUUUCUGGCUCCCAGGUGUCUUUUAUACAGGUAACGAGCUGAGAUUAGGAGCACACUCUUAAAGGAAGUGCUCCUAAUCUCAGCUUGUUACCUGUAUAAAAGACACCUGUCCACAGAAGCAAUCAAUCAAUCAGAUUCCAAACUCUCCACCAUGGCCAAGACCAAAGAGCUCUCCAAGGAUGUCAGGGACAAGAUUGUAGACCUACACAAGGCUGGAAUGGGCUACAAGACCAUCGCCAAGCAGCUUGGUGAGAAGGUGACAAGAGUUGGUGCGAUUAUUCGCAAAUGGAAGAAACACAAAAGAACUGUCAAUCUCCCUCGGCCUGGGGCUCCAUGCAAGAUCUCACAUCGUGGAGUUGCAAUGAUCAUGAGAACGGUGAGGAAUCAGCCCAGAACUACACGGGAGGAUCUUGUCAAUGAUCUCAAGGCAGCUGGGAACAUAGUCACCAAGAAAACAAUUGGUAACACAUUACGCCGUGAAGGACUGAAAUCCUGCAGCGCCCGCAAGGUCCCCUUGCUCAAGAAAGCACAUAUACAUGCCCGUCUGAAGUUUGCCAAGAACAUCUGAAUGAUUCAGAGGAGAACUGGGUGAAAGUGUUGUGGUCAGAUGAGACCAAAAUCGAGCUCUUUGGCAUCAACUCAAUUCGCCGUGUUUGGAGGAGGAGGAAUGCUGCCUAUGACCCCAAGAAAACCACCCCCCACCGUCAAACAUGGAAGUGGAAACAUUAUGCGUUGGGGGUGUUUUUCUGCUAAGGGUACAGGACAACUUCAUCGCAUCAAAGGGACGAUGGACGGGGCCAUGUACCGUCAAAUCUUGGGUGAGAACCUCCUUCCCUCAGCCAGGGCAUUGAAAAUGGGUCGUGGAUGGGUAUUCCAGCAUGACAAUGACCCAAAACACACGGCCAAGGCAACAAAGGAGUGGCUCAAGAAGAGGCACAUUAAUAUAGUGGCCUAGCCAGUCUCCAGACCUUAAUCCCAUAGAAAAUCUGUGGAGGGAGCUGAAGGUUCGAGUUGCCAAACGUCAGCCUCGAAACCUUAAUGACUUGGAGAAGAUCUGCAAAGAGGAGUGGGACAUAAUCCCUCCUGAGAUGUGUGCAAACCUGGUGGCCAACUACAAGAAACGUCUGACUUCUGUGAUUGCCAACAAGGGUUUUGCCACCAAGUACUAAGUCAUGUUUUGCAGAGGGGUCAAAUACGUAUUUCCCUCAUUAAAAUGCAAAUCAAUUUAUAAAAAUCACACCAUCUGUUGUCACCUUCUCACCAAGCUGCUUGGCGAUGGUCUUGUAGCCCAUUCCAGCCUUGUGUAGGUCUACAAUCUUGUCCCUGACAUCCUUGGAGAGCUCUUUGGUCUUGGCCAUGGUGGAGAGUUUGGAAUCUGAUUGAUUGAUUGCUUCUGUGGACAGGUGUCUUUUAUACAGGUAACAAACUGAGAUUAGGAGCACUCCCUUUAAGAGUGUGCUCCUAAUCUCAGGUCGUUACAUGUAUAAAAGACACCUGGGAGCCAGAAAUCUUUCUGAUUGAGAGGGGGUCAAAUACUUAUUUCCCUCAUUAAAAUGCAAAUCAAUUUAUAACAUUUUUGACAUGCGUUUUUCUGGAUUUUUUUGUUGUUAUUCUGUCUCUCACUGUUCAAAUAAACCUACCAUUAAAAUUAUAGACUGAUCAUUUCUUUGUCCGUGGGCAAACGUACAAAAUCAGCAGGGGAUCAAAUACUUUCUUCCCACACUGUAUGUAUGUGUGUGGUGUGUGUAAUUCUCUUUCUCCCCCUCUUGUCCCCCCCCUUCUCUACCAGGGUGUCUGUGGGGGAGGAGAGGCUGUUCUGUAAGGAGGGCUGCACGGCUGUGAUUGACACAGGCUCCUCCUACAUCACAGGCCCCGCCUCCUCUGUGUCUGUGCUGAUGAAGACCAUUGGAGCCACAGAGCUGGCAGAGGGAGGGGUAUGUACAUCGCAAAUUGGGCAGAUUCAAUUAUGCCGGGGGGCACCAGUCUAUGGCCCGUGACGUGAACUGGCAAAAGCGGUGCGGGAGGAGCGCCCUUCUCAAAUCGAACAGUAAUCUGCGCCGCAUGGUCAUGUUGUCAACAUGGCAGCAUUGUGCAUCGUCCAGAAACAUACCACAUUUAUUUUCCAUAAAACAUAUAUUAGAAUUUUCAAACUAGUUUUCAUUGGGAAGGCAGAUAAAAGGUUUUUAAUCAAAAGCAAUCACUUUUGCAUGUUAAAACACAAAAUCCUACUAAUUACUCCACGUGCUUCUAAAUCACUUUUAUUUUGAGCUGACUUCUCCGUGGGCUUUGAACGGGGCAUCUGGCUCAUGCCCGGGAGGCAGCCCUGUUUCAAAACUAAUGCAAUUAACUUUCACACGCCGGCCCAGAUUAAUCGAAUCCCCUCAGCCAUAGAUCUUUAUCACCUGAACCGUCUCUUAAAGGGGCAAUCCGCAGUUGAAACAAUAACAAAGCAUUUCCCCAACACAGUUUCCAUAAAAAGCUGAGGGAUGUGGCUGGAGAAAUGUAACCAUGCUCAAGUUUUAACCAUGUUUUGAGUAUAUGCAGUGUUCAUUUACAUUUACUUUGUUUACAAACAUUGGAUUAAAACAAAUUUAUAUUUUGGCUUCUGAUGGGAUAUGACACUUGAACUAAGCUCAUGAGGCAUUUAUAAGUCAAAUGUUUCAAGAAUCAAUGGGUAGGGCCUACAAAUCAUUAAUUUAUAAGUCCAAAAAUAGAUGUAGCAACUGCAGAUUGUCCCUUUAUCUAUCUUAUCUUCAGAGGGGUAUUACAGAAAGAUGGUUUAACAAAUUCAGGAUUUCCUGAACAUAUCCGUCUUGUCUUAACCAGAUGAGGGAGUCCAGGAUUUCUUGGUUCCAGAAUGGUUGCUUCUCGACUAAGUUAUUAGGCUAAGCGAAGCGCAGAUUGGUUGAUCUGACAACUGGCACGUGCAGGCAACAUUCAAAAAGGUCCUCAUGUCGAUGACAGAAAAAAACGUUAGAUAUGGAGUCAAAAGACAGAGCCCAAUAUUUCACAUUUCUAGAACAAGAAACAAUUGUAACAACAUACAAUGAAUAUGUUCACAUAUUUACCAAAAAAAGUAAUACAUCCGCUGCAGCAAAAGCCAGAGAGGGAGCCUGGCAGAAAAUUGCAGACAGGGUAAGUGCGCAAGUGAAGUGGCACGUUUCCAAUAUCUAAUAGGCCUAGCUUACACACAUGGGUGAUUAAUAAUAAUGCUUUCACUUUAUAGAGCACUUUUAUUGCAACAUUGGUUAUAUUAAGUGUCAAGGCUAUGGCCUAAUAUGUAAGUUGUAGCAGCCUAUGUCACAAUUGCAAUUUUAGGCCCAUUCCAUAGCCUAUGUAGGAUGAAUAAUAAUUAAUUGAAUUCAUAGAGUGCUUUUCAUGACAACACGGGCGACAAUGUGUGUUGUUUAGUUGUAACCCAAUGGGAGUCACAGAUCAUCUGACAAAAGAAGUAAGGAAGAUCUGUCAGUAAUGCUGUAGGUGGGUGUAGUGGUGGAAUCAAGCGCAGGACACCGAAGUAUAGUCCAAAAGACUUUAGUGAAAUUUCCAACAAGGAAAAAUCGAACAAACUUGCCCGAAGGCGAAACUACGCACGUAGGCGACAAAACAAAAGGCGCACUACACAGGUGCGUAAAACGCUCCAACACAGUGGAGUAAAGCUCAACCGAGCGAAUAAGUAAAUCCUACAAGCAAACACACGACAGAAAUAAAUCAAUCACACACAACACUAGACAAACACAACGAGAAACUUAUAGGACACUAAUUACACUAAACGAUAACAGGUGUCACAACAAACAGACAAAAGCAAACGAACAUAGAAACAUGCAACGGUGGCAGCUAGUAUUCCGGAGACAACGAACGCCGAAGCCUGCCCGAACAAGGAAGAGAGGCAGCCUCGGCCGAAACUGUGACAGUACCCCCCCCUUGACGCGCGGCUCCAGACGUGCGCCGACUCCGGCCUCGGGGACGACCAGGAGGACGCGGAGCAGGGUGCGUCGGGUGCCCACGAUGGAAUUCCGUCAGGAGAGACGGGUCCAAAAUGUCUCUCCUCGGCACCCAGCACCGUUCCUCCGGACCGUACCCCUCCCACUCCACUAGAUAUUGGAGACCCCCCAUCCGACGUCUCGAAUCCAAGAUGGACCUCACGGAGUACGCCGGUGCCCCCUCGAUGUCCAAUGGGGGCGGAGGAGUCUCCCUGAUCUCACUUUCUUGGAGUGGUUCAGCUACCACCGGCCUGAGAAGAGACACAUGGAACGAGGGGUUAAUAGUUUUAUAUUCAACAGGUAGUUGUAAUUUGUAACACACCUCGUUCAACCUUCUCAGGACUUUAAAUGGCCCUACAAACCGCCGACCCAGUUUCCGACAGGGCAGGCGGAGGGGCAGGUUUCUGGUAGAGAGCCAGACUCGAUCACCAGGUGCGUACACCGGUCCCUCACUGCGGUGGAGAUCGGCGCUCGCCUUAUGACGACGGAGGGCCCGCUGCAGGUGGACGUGUGCAGCGUUCCAUGUCUCCUCCGAGCGCCGCGCCCACUCAUCCACCGCAGGAGCCUCGAUCUGGCUCUGCUGCCAAGGUGCCAGAACCGGCUGGUAACCUAACACACAUUGAAAAGGGGUUAGGUUAGUGGAGGAAUGGCGUAGGGAAUUCUGGGCCAUCUCGGCCCAGGGAAUGUACCUUGCCCACUCCUCCGGCCGGUCCUGGCAGUAUGUUCUAAGAAACCUACCCACAUCCUGGUUCACGCGUUCCACCUGCCCAUUACUCUCCGGGUGGUAACCCGAGGUGAGGCUCACCGAGACCCCCAACCGCUCCAUAAAGGCUCUCCAGACCCUGGAGGUAAAUUGGGGACCUCGAUCAGACACAAUAUCCUCGGGUACCCCGUAGUGCCGGAACACAUGGGUGAAUAGUGCCUCGGCAGUUUGCAGGGCAGUAGGAAGGCCCGGCAUGGGGAGCAAACGACAGGCCUUAGAAAACCGGUCCACAACGACCAGUAUAGUGGUAUUCCCCUGUGAAGGAGGAAGGUCAGUAAGGAAAUCCACCGAGAGGUGAGACCAUGGUCGUUGUGGAACGGGCAGGGGUAGUAACUUACCCCUAGGCAGAUGUCUAGGCGCCUUACACUGGGCGCACACCGAGCAGGAGGAAACAUAAACCCUCACAUCCCUUGCCAACGUGGGCCACCAGUACAUGGCACUAAGACAGUGCACUGUCCGGCCGAUACCAGGGUGUCCAGAGGAGGGUGACGUGUGAGCCCAAUAGAUCAAUCGAUCCCGAACCUCGAGCGGAACGUACUUCCGACCCUCCGGGCAUUGCGGUGGACUAGGGUCGGUGCGUAACGCCCGCUCGAGCUCAGCAUCGACCUCCCACACUACCGGUGCCACCAGACACGACUCCGGCAGUAUGGGAGUGGGCUCCACGGACCUCUCCUCCGUGUCAUACCGCCGAGACAGUGCAUCUGCCUUACCGUUCUGUGACCCAGGGAUGUACGUGAUCUUAAAUGUAAACCGGGUCAAAAACAUAUUCCAUCUUGCCUGGCGAGGGUUCAGCCUCCUCGCUGCCCGGAUGUACUCCAGGUUACGGUGGUCCGUCAAAAUGAGGAAAGGGUGUUGAGCCCCCUCAAGCCAGUGCCUCCACACCUUUAGGGCCUGUACCACGGCUAACAGCUCCCUGUCCCCUACGUCAUAGUUUCGCUCCGCCGGACUGAGCUUCUUGGAAUAAAAAGCACAGGGGCGGAGUUUAGGUGGCGCGCCUGACCGUUGUGAAAGCACGGCUCCUAUACCGGCCUCUGACGCGUCCACCUCUACCUGAAAUGGCAAAGAGGGAUCCGGAUGCGCCAGCACCGGGGCCGAGGUAAACAGGUCCUUCAGCCUCCCAAACGCCCUGUCCGCCUCGGCAGACCACUGCAGACGCACCGGACCCCCCUUCAAAAGAGACGUGAUGGGAGCUGCCACCUGUCCAAAACCCCGGAUAAACCUCCGGUAGUAAUUCGCAAACCCCAAAAACUGCUGCACCUCCUUCACAGUGGUUGCUGUUUGCCAAUUACGCACGGCUGACACCCGGUCUACCUCCAUCUUCACCCCUGACGCAGACAACUGAUACCCCAAAAAGGAGACCGACUCCUGGAAAAACAGACACUUCUCUGCCUUAACAUACAGGUCGUGCUCCACCAGCCUCCGCAACACUCUGCGCACCAGGGCCACAUGCUCGACUCGGGUAGGCGAGUACACGAGAAUGUCAUCUAUGUACACAACCACCCCCUGCCCCUGCAUUUCCCUGAAGAUCUAAUCCACGAAUGAUUGGAAAACUGACGGAGCGUUCAUCAACCCGUAUGGCAUGACAAGAUACUCGUAAUGGCCCGAGGUGGUACUAAAGGCUGUCUUCCAUUCAUCGCCCUCCCUGAUGCGCACCAAGUUGUACACGCUCCUGAGAUCUAAUUUAGUGAAGAAACGCGCCCCAUGCAAUGACUCAGUCAUGGUCGCAAUCAGCGGGAGUGGAUAACUGUACUUCACCGUGAUCUGAUUGAGACCACGGUAAUCGAUGCACGGGCGUAACCCACCAUCCUUUUUCUUCACAAAAAAGAAACUCGAGGACGCAGGGGAAGUGGAAGGCCGUAUGUAUCCUUGUCUCAGAGAUUCGUCUAUGUAAGUCUCCAUAGCUUUCUUCUCCUCCUGAGACAGAGGAUACACAUGGCUCCGUGGAAGCGCAGCUCCUGCCUGGAGGUCUAUUGCACAAUCUCCCUGCCUAUGGGGCGGCAACUGCGUCGCCCUCGACUUACUAAACGCAAUAGCCAAAUCCCCAUACUCAGGGGGAAUGUGCAAUGCGGGCACCUGGUUUGGACUCUCCACCGAGGUAGCCCCUACGGAAACGCCCAAACAUCGACCCACACACUGGGCAGACCACUCCAUCAGAGCCCUCUCCUGCCACGAAAUAGAUGGGUUAUGGGUACUCAACCAGGGCAUGCCCAGCACCACCGGAUACGCAGGCGAGUCGAUCAGAAAUAGCUGAAUCAUCUCCUGAUGACCCCCCUGCGCACACAUCCUAAGUGGCGCAGUGACCUCCCUGAUCAAGCCCGCACCCAACGGACAGCUAUCUAGGGCAUGAACGGGGAAAGGGACAUCAACAGGGAGAAGGGGAAUCCCUAAGGCUAAACAAAACUUCUUAUCAACAAAAUUCCCAGCCGCGCCUGAAUCUACCAGCGCCUUAUGCUGGGAAUGAGGUGCUACCUGUGGAAAACGCACAGGUAUACAGAAAUGUGCAACAGAGAGCUCUGGGUGAGUGGGGCGCCUACUCACCUGGAAGGACUCCCCAGUGCGGGACCUGUCGUCCUCUCCCCUAGGAGGCCAACCCCAGCACCUAGCCGCGGUGUGUCCUCCCCGACCACAGUUGGUGCAGGAGAUGGACCCCCUCGUAAGCCGACCCCUCCUCUCUCUAGCGCCAGCGCCCCCGAGCUCCAUGGGGCACGGCUCGGAGGCGCUGGAGGGUGAAAUGGACGGACCCCCCUCGGAACGUCCGCGGGUAGCUAGCAGGUUAUCCAGCCUGAUGGACAUGACGACCAACUGGUCGAACGAGAGGCUGGUGUCCCUACAGGCCAGCUCCCUACGGACGUCCUCGCGUAGACUACAUCUGUAGUGAUCGAUGAGAGCCCGCUCAUUCCACCCUGCAUCCGCCGCUAGAGUACGGAAUUCUAAGGCGAACUCCUGGGCACUCCUCUUCCCCCGCCGCUUUCCCCUCCGGGGGAUGGUCAAACACCGCCCUGAAGCGGCGGGAGAACUCGUCGUAGGUGAUGUUGUUCGCGUCGAUCCUCCUCCACUCUGCGUUGGCCCAUUCCAACGCCUUCCCGGAAAGGCAGGAGAUCAGGGCGGACACGCUCUCAUGUCCCGAGGGCGCCGGGUGCACGGUGGCCAGGUAAAGCUCCACCUGGAGAAGGAAUCCCUGACACCCGGCCGCGGUCCCAUCGUAGGCCCUCGGGAGCGAGAGUCGAACUCCUCUGGGUUCAGGAGCGGGAAUGGGCUGACUUGCCGAUGGUGCUGGCAGAGAGGAUGGCGGUGGAGGAGUCCCCCAGCCUCAGAUGGUGGUGAUCACCUCCUGCAGUGCGGACCCCAUCUGCAGGAUCUGGUCACUCUGUUCACGGACCCUGUCCUCCAGCGUCGCCUGGGCUGCUGCGGCUCCUGCUGAUUCCAUUCUUGAAGGUGUGUGAUUUUGUCAGUAAUGCUGUAGGUGGGUGUAGUGGUGGAAUCAAGCGCAGGACACCGAAGUAUAGUCCAAAAGACUUUAGUGAAAUUUCCAACAAGGAAAAAUCGAACAAACUUGCCCGAAGGCGAAACUACGCACGUAGGCGACAAAACAAAAGGCGCACUACACAGGUGCGCAAAACGCUCCAACACAGUGGAGUAAAGCUCAACCGAGCGAAUAAGUAAAUCCUACAAGCAAACACACGACAGAAAUAAAUCAAUCACACACAACACUAGACAAACACAACGAGAAACUUAUAGGACACUAAUUACACUAAACGAUAACAGGUGUCACAACAAACAGACAAAAGCAAACGAACAUAGAAACAUGCAACGGUGGCAGCUAGUAUUCCGGAGACAACGAACGCCGAAGCCUGCCCGAACAAGGAAGAGAGGCAGCCUCGGCCGAAACCGUGACAAGAUCAUUGAAUUGAAUGACUGUUUCUGAAAAUGAUUUGGUAUGGUAAAAGUGUAGGCUACAGUAUUCAAUAGCUACCUGUUUGUUUAUGCUGUGAAAAUAUUUUGUCUAGAGUGUCUUUGAAUGGGGGAUAUAUGUCCCAUCUAUAGCACCAAUAACGUUGGGAAAAUCUGCAGGAUGAAUUAGGCUAUUUAUCAAUUUUAUCAUGUUGCCUAUGUUUAUUAAUUUGAGAAUAGCAAAGCAUUAAUGGCAGUCAACUGACCGCAGCCUACUGUAAAAAGUCCUCCUUGAUUAUAUGGACAUCUUGAUGGCCAGGGAAUGCAACAAAGACAUUAAAAAAUAUAUUCAAUGCGAGGCAGAUUCUUAUUAUAGCUCUACACACAGUUGCCUUGCCAAAUAGUUCAGCAUCACAUUGUACAGGAAACUUCCAGUGGCAAAAAAAUCACUAAGCAAUACACAGAGUUUGUAUAGCAGUCAAAGUGAAACAGCGUUGGGUUACAUUUGCUUUAUAUUGGUUGAGUAAAUUGACCAGAUAUAUGAGUGAUUGCGCUGAAAAAUUAUAACUUUCAAAAAUAACUUCUUCUGAAUGAUCUAAAGGAUGUAUUCGAGGUCCAAUAAUUCAUUCCUAUUGUAACAAUGUAGGCUCCGAUGUCAAGUGGAUUUUCCAAGAAAGGACAGGCCAUAGUGACAAACAAGAAUCUAAUUGGCGGAUAAGUCCCGUAUUUAUUCACCAGGAUAGGCUAAGAUCAUUCUAACCUAGUAGGUAGCUGGUUUGCUUCAGAGCAUUCGUUGCUAUGGUGUCUGAUCAGGCUAUCUUUCAAGCUUUCUUUCUGGAGCCGGAAAUUCUGAGUUUGCACAAGUUCUGGGUUGACAAAUCUCCUUAAGUCACAAAUCCGGCUUUCUGAAUACCUCUCUGGUGUGGACUAAGCUGUGUUCUUUGUCCCCUUUUCAGUACACUGUGAACUGUGACCUGGUGAAGUCCUUACCCAGUGUUACCUUCCAACUGGGAGGCCAUGAGUACACCCUCACCGAAGAGGACUACAUCUUAUGGGUAAGCAACAUGGAAAUGAGCAUGACUGGGAUACAGGUACAGGGCGAUUGUCAUUUAUACCUUUGCAGCUAUUAUUUCAUGUUUAUUUUGUGCUUAUUCCAUGGCAUUGUUGAAUACUCAUUUUUGAUUGGCUGGAAGGGUAUUCUAGAACGUGCAUUAUUUCCCUAAAACGCACGGUAUAUCAGCACGUUAGAAUUCAAUGGCUAGUUCAUUCUUACACGUUCUAUGUUUGAGCUGCUUUUGAAAGUGUCUCGCCCUGAUCGAGAGAACUCUUGUUGGUUGGGUCAGGGUGUGAGUCUUCUGUUUAGAUUCUAUGUUUAGAGUCUAGUAUUUGUAUUUCUAUGUUUGGCCGGGAGUGAUUCCCAAUCAGAGGCAGCUGUCGCUCGUUCUCUCUGAUUGGGGAUCAUACUUAGGCAGCCAGUUAUCCUGCCUGGGUUGUGGGAUCUUGUUUGUGUAUAUCCUUCCGACGUCAUGUUUCGUUGCCGUUUGUUAUUUUGUCAGUGUGUAUUCAGUUUAAUAAACAUGUUCGCAUAUCAUGCUGCACCUUGGUCUGACCCAUCUCUCAACGACCAUGACAGAAAGAAAGUCAAAUUGAAAACAUUAACGUUAUUGCAUUGUUGAAUUUGAUUUUCAUAAUAGCAAGCUAGGACUGAUUGUUUGGUUAGCUAAACUAGCAAGUCUGUUUGCUUGGUUACCAAGGCAACUGCUGUAGUAAACUUGCUAGCUACUUCAUGGAUGUUGAACACCGCUUACAAAAAAAGAUUGCAGUUUUGAAACUGCAGUAAAAGUGCAGUAACUGCAGUUGACAGUGGUAUUUUGGACGCAGUAAUUGCAGAAUAACUGCAGUGUACUGCAGUUGAACUGCAGUUGAACUGCAGUUAUACUGCACUCUAACUACACUUACACUGCAAAAUUACUGCAGUAAAUAAAAGGUGUUCUUUUCGACACAGUAUUUGCAGCAUACUGCAGUUAUACUGCACACUAACUACAGUUAUACUACAGUGUACUGCAGUUAUACUGCACUCUGGGACAUUUCUACCUACAAAUGAACACAUCUUAGUGGCAAAUGUGUUCAAUUAUAGCCAUGGUAUAAAAGGGAUAAUCAACUCAGGGCUCUAUGCAACUCCGUGGAAGAUUAGUUCCACUCCGCAAGCGCGUUAUGGAACAUACCGUCCACGUAGUUCAUUAUUUGCAAAUGGAACGCAUAGCCCCUCGUUGAUUACCCCUUACUUAUAGCUGUGACAUUGCAUUAUAAAUGCAUUAUAAAUAUAUAUUUAUGGAAAUCUUUACCAAGAUGUUUUGAACUCUAUCUGUGUCUGCAGCAAUCUCAGUUUGGAGAGGACAUAUGUAGUGUGACCUUUAGGGGUUUGGAUGUGCCGCCCCCUACUGGUCCUAUCUGGAUCCUGGGAGCCAACUUCAUCGCCCGCUACUACACAGAGUUUGACCGUCACAACAACCGCAUAGGCUUCGCCACAGCAGUCUGA